GAACGGCUCCAACCUUGUUUGGUCUGCCAGAGGUAUAUUAGCCUUCAAGAUCCUGGGCGGGCCCUGGAUCGUGCUUUUCUCUUGUAGAUUUCUGCUUCUCACAUCUGUAGGUCUCGAGUCUUUGGUUUACCCAUCUUCUUGGAUCUUACUCGUGCUCAUAUAUAAAGAUGGAGAAACUCAAGAGUAUCAUCUCUCACGAGAGAACAUACCACGAGGAAAAAAGAGUUUCUAGCGAUGGUGAUGAGAUCAACGAGGAAGGUCUUACGGUGGUGAAGUCGGCUGAAUUUGACCCCGUCACCUCCGCCCUCGAAGAAAAACUUGUGCAUGAUGAGUAUGCUGGUAUUCAUAUCGAAGAUGACUCGCCUUACCCCGAAGUUAGAGCUUCAGUGCCUUCGACAGACGACCCUAGUCUUGUUCAAAACACUAUCCGUGUGUGGAUUAUUGGUUUCAUCAUGACCACCUUGGGCUGUGGUAUGAAUACUUUGUUCGCUUUCCAUAGUCCAUCUUUUUCCAUCACCACUUACGUCACGUCUAUCUUGGCGUAUCCUGCUGGUAGACUCUGGGAAAAGACCGUUCCAAACUGGAAAAUCUUUGGGUGCCCUUUGAACCCAGGGCCCUUCAACUUGAAAGAACAUGCCAUCAUCACCAUCAUGGGUUCCGUUUCUUUUGGUGGAGGUGCUGCUUAUGCCACCGACAUCCUUACUGCGCAAAACAAGUUUUACAACUCUGACUUCGGUGUUGGCUUUGCCAUUUGCGCCAUUCUUUCCACACAAGUGAUUGGGUUUUCGCUUGCCGGUUUGUCCCGGAAGGUUUUGGUCGAUUCUCCGGGCGCCAUUUGGCCAGCCAACUUGGUCACAACCACAUUCUUGACCAACAUGCAUCUCAACGAAAACCACCCGGCGAACGGGUGGAAGAUCUCCAGAUUUGCCUUUUUCUCCAUCGUCUUUUCUGCGUACUUCUUCUGGAACUUCUUGCCUAACUACAUGUUCACUGCGUUGUCCUAUUUUGCAUGGCCCACGUGGAUUGCGCCCAACAACGUGCCUCUUAACCAGGUUUUUGGGGCUUCCACGGGCUUGGGCUUGAUGCCCAUCACUUUUGACUGGAACCAGAUCGCGGGUUACAUUGGAUCGCCCUUGAUUCCUCCAGCAGGAACCAUCAUCACGAUUUUCUCGUCCAUUGUGUUGAUUUUCUGGAUCGUGGUCCCCGCUGUCUACUACACAAACACUUGGUACUCGAAGUACUUGCCAUUGUCUUCCUCUGGCUCUUACGACAGAUAUCAAAACACCUAUAACGUUUCCAAAAUCAUCGACACUACGACAUUGACUUUUGACGAGGCUUCAUACAAGGCCUACUCUCCGUUGUUUAUAUCGUCCACUUUUGCAAUCUCCUACGGAUUGUCAUUUGCAUCCAUCAUCGCCACCUUGGUUCAUACUGUUUGCUUCCACGGCACUGAAAUUGUCCAGCAGUUCAAGCAGAAAGAGAAGCCUGACGUGCACUUGCGUUUGAUGAGAGCAAAUUACAAGAACAUCCCAGAGUGGUGGUACGGAAUCGUGUUCCUCAUGUCGUUCGCAAUUUCCAUCGUGACCAUCAGAUACUGGAACACCGAGAUGCCAGUUUGGAGUUUGAUUGUUGCGCUUCUUAUCGCUUUGCUUUUCUUGUUGCCCGUGGGUAUCAUUUACGCCAAAACCAACAUUGCGGUCGGUUUGAACGUCCUCACUGAGUUUAUUAUUGGGUACAUGGUUCCGGGCAAGCCUUUGGCCAUGAUGUUUUUCAAGACUUUCGGAUACAUCACCAACAAUCAGGCAGUGACAUUUGCGCAGGACAUGAAAUUGGGCCACUACUUGAAAAUUGACCCCAGAUUGUUGUUCUGGGCUCAACUUUUCGCUACCAUCUGGGGAUCUUUGGUGCAGAUUGGUGUCAUGAGAUGGGCCUACGGUGCUAUUGACGGUUUGUGUGAUUCAGACCAAAAAAACAAUUACACUUGUCCUAACGGUAGGGUCUUUUUCAAUGCUUCGCUUAUUUGGGGUGCCAUUGGGCCAGAGAGAACAUUCGGCCCUGGCUCCAUCUACCACGGUGCGCUCUUCUUUUUCCUCCUUGGGUUGUUGCCAUUCUUCAACUGUUUGAUCUUGAGAAAAUGGCCCAACUCCAAGAUCAGAUGGUUGAAUUGGCCUGUAUUCUUCUCUGGAACAGGUUACAUUCCUCCAGCAACACCAUACAAUUAUGCCACAUACUGUAUGUCGAAAACAACGCCCUGUUUGCCCGAAGCCGAGGAGAAACUCAUCAAGCCAACAGUCAAAUGA